CUCCCCCACCACCCCCUCUGCCACCCUCUGGCCCUGGGUCAGCUCCCAAUAACAGUAUGGUUCCCCCAAAAGGGAUGCCCAGAAUGGAGGGUCCACAGACUGCAGACAGAAUGAGAUUUGAUGGACAACCACCUCAUGAUAAAAAUAGAUUCAGAUUUGAAGAGCACCGGCCUCAGGGCCCAAGGUAUGACACAGCCAUACGGCCCCAGUGUGAUGGCCUGCCAAGAGGCUCAGGCCCCACUAGAUUUGAUGGUCUACCACAUAGGUAUGAUGGGAGAAAUAAUGGCCAAAGGUUCGAUGGUGGUCCUAGGGAUGACUGUGUAAGGAUGAAUGGACCAAGGUUUGACGGUGGUCCCAAAAUGGAUCACUGUAGGUUUGACAACCCCCGGAUGGACAACAUGAGAUUUUCUGGUCCUAGAAUGGAUGGCCCCAGAUUUGAUGGCCCCAGAAUGGAAGGAAAUGAUCUUGGCCCUUGCCACUGGAAUAGUGGACCCAGAUUUGACAGACCACCGAGGAUGAAUGGGCAACCCGUGUUCGAUGGACCUCCACGGAUGCCCUUUGAUGGACCUUGUGUCAAUGGACCUCCCACAACUCCUGAUGGUCCACCUAGGAUGAAUGGACCUUCUUUUGCCGGGCCUGGGUUCUCAUCAUUUGUGGGACCAUUCAAUGGCAACAGACCCGGUUUUGAAGUCAAAUGAUGACCACAGUAUGCUAGGAUAUAUCGACUUUUAAACAGACCCUGAGAUACUAAAAGCUAUAGACGAUUGUUCAGACAAAGUUCAAAAUGUAUGGAAAUAUAUGGGUAAAAUUCUUGUAUCAUAGAGUGGACAUUGAAAAAAAGUUGUAUUGCUGUCCACAAUGCAAUAUGGUGUUGCUCAUAGUUAAGCUUAUAACUUUUUCAACAGUAGACAGAUGCAUUAUUAUAGUUAUUAUUGUAAACUCAGAAAGUGACGUUUUCAAAAAAAUGAUUUGCUACAAUAAAACAUUUAUCGACUCUUUUUAGUAAAUUAGAAGUUUUUUCCUAUGACAUUAAAACUAAUAUUAAUUAUAUAACCUGCAAAGUGAAAUGCAGUAGGUUUUUUAUGGAUGUGUGUCAAUUAUAAUGGUCUCUAUGCUGAUAAGUUAUGACAGUAGAACACAUUCAGUAAUUUAUUUAGAAGUUCAUACUAAUUAUAAUAAAGAAGUUUUAUAACUCUUCAGGAGUUGUAUGAACACAAGACUUUUAUGACCACUCCGAUAUUCAGAAUGGAACAUGUUUGAUGUUUCUGUCUUCUCUAGUGUUAGCAGAUGUAGUAAUAAUGAUCUCUUAUGCCAGGUACACCUUUUUCAUUUCCUUAAAGGUAUUUAUUAAGUUAAACGCGGGUGUGUAGGCUGAUUGAGAUGCUUUAUAUGUUGCUACUGCUAUUAAAUUCAGGGAAGUUCUAUCUGGGUGCUGCUGUUGCAGGGACCAUGUCAGCUUCCAUGUUAAUAAUAAUAAUAAUACAACUAAUGAUAAUGAUGAUGAUGACAUUAAAUCACUGCCCUGUAGUCUACCAGGUGAUGGCAGCCGUCCACCCUGAAAGUGUCACAACUGUGUGCAAAAGUUAGAUAUUGGUCUCCAAUUUAUGAGUUUUACAUGCUUGUGAGACUUUUUUUCCACCUUACUGGUGUGGGGAUGACCCGGCAUAAUUGUUGAACUGAUGAAGAAAAUUAUGAUCUCAAAAUGAAAUUCCUCUGAAUGUUUUGUGACUGUAGCUUUAUUCACAUCCGUGUGUUGCAUCUCUCUGGCAGUGUUUAGGAACUUUUUGUGUGCUUCAGUAAUCCAUUCUACUCCACUGAAGAGCUGGGAUUGGCAUGUUUAUUAUUUCUAAGCAAAAAAUAUCAUAUUCAAUGUUUGGCACCACUUGUUUUGUAUGUUUUUCUAGAACUUACAGACAUGCAGCUGCAUUCAUUUUAUUUUUUUUUCAUCUGUGUUUAAUUGGACUUCAAGAAGCAAGUCACUGUCAGUUAGAUAAAACACUAUCUCGUUUUUCAAACAAAAACAAUGUCAGCACUUUACUGGAAUGUAAUUUAAUCAACAGAGGAAUUUCUUAAUAGUCGAUGCAUAAGUGUUGAUUCAGGGGUAUUCCGGAUCUCAGCUGUAACAGAUGCUGUUCUCCUCUCACUUUCUACACAGAGCUCAACGCAUCCAGCAAUAAUUCUGUGCCACUGUGAGAUGGUCAUGGGUUACCUCAAUGAAACAAAUGAGUUCACUACAAAGCAAAGUUGACCAGUAGACCAUUGUAGAAAGACUGUAGCAGCUUUGUGACAGUGAGACAGACCUGUUCACAAUGGCAUCAUUACAGAAAAACCCCCAGGAAGAUACUCGUCCAUUUCAUAUAUAUGCAUCUUGAGAAUGUUGACAUAUUGUUGCAUCUGACAUACUAAGUAACAUUAGAUGACAUUGCUGUAAUAUAUAUAUAUAUAUGAACUUGAUUGUUGUGACUGUAUAGCUCAGGAAGUGAUUGUUUAAAACUGCACUCUAAUAUUCUCCUUAAUUGAUGUAUAUGAAUUUUGACCUGAAGUCAGUGCUACUUUUUACCAUUAGCUAGAUAAUGAAUGGAAAUUAGCAGAAUAUUUAUGUCUUAUUCUGGUGUAGUCACAUGAUAUUGUGAAGCAAAUUUUAUAGUGUUGAAGAAACAACAUUACCAGUGUUUUAGAAACACAAGGGACAAAAUAGAGGGUUAGACCAAAGAAAUGCAUGAAGAUAGUAGGUAGGUUUAAAUGCAAAGGUGGAUGAGAGUUCAAACUUAAUUUCAAACUAAUUCAUGUUGGGGUGGUUUGCAUGGCACAUUUAUUUAUUUAUUAAAGAAAAUUUCUUACUCAGUUUGUUAUUAUGAGCUAAAUUGUAAACACUUUCCUUAUGUAUUUUAAGUAGAUGGUUAUAGCCGCCUUGAUGAUUGAUGUCUGAAUAUAUAGGUGGUCAAAUAUAUCACAUAUAUAACAUAAUAAAAAAGCUAGGGGACAUUCCCAGCACAUGGGUUUGUGAUUUUUAUUGCACUGCCAUAACACUGCCAUUUGUGUUAUCUUUACGAAACUUGUUAUGAUAAACCAGGUCAAUUUUGGUAAUUUUA